AUUUUGUCGUUUGCAGCACUACACUGAAACUCUAAUUGCAUUAACCAGCACUAAAACAACACAAGCGCAGCAAAAAAAAGAUUUUGCAACAAACUGAACAAAUUUUUUAAUGUAGGUUGUCAUUUAAAAAUUGUUUGCAAUGGGCUAUGAUGUCAAUCGCUUUCAAGGCGAAGUAGACGAAGAGCUAACAUGUCCCAUAUGCUCAGGUGUUCUCGAAGAUCCACUUCAGGCGGUCAUGUGCGAGCACGCCUUCUGUCGUGGCUGCAUAAAUGAAUGGCUGACACGCCAGCCCACAUGCCCAGUUGAUCGUAAUGCCCUAACUACUGCAAAUCUGCGAGCUGUGCCGCGCAUAUUGCGCAACUUGUUGUCCAGGCUCUCAAUUACCUGCGACAAUGCGCCUUAUGGCUGCACAGCUGUGUUGAAGCUGGAUGCCUACAAUUCGCAUUUGGAAGACUGCGUGCACAAUCCAAAGCGUCCAUUUCCCUGCGAAAAAGGCUGUGGCUUUGACAUACCCAAGGACGAGCUCAAGGAUCAUAACUGUGUGCGUGAGCUGCGUGUGUUGAUUGUGAAGCAAACUGAGCAAAUAGGCCAACUGAAAACGGAAAUAACCGAUCAGCAGCUAACUAUCAAUGAGUUGAAGCGAGAACUGCAGCUAUUUAAAGAUUUUAUGCGUGCCAUGCGCGUCUCAAAUCCGGCAAUGCGCGCGAUUGCUGAUCAAAUGGAACGUGAUGAGGUGAUACGAUGGAGCAGCGCUUUAGCCAGAGCGCGUGUUACACGCUGGGGCGGCAUGAUUUCCACUCCCGAUGAUGCACUGCAGCUGAUGAUUAAGCGUGCUUUAUCGGAGUCUGGUUGCCCGCCACACAUACUGGAUAGCUUAAUGGAGAACUGCCACGAGCGACGCUGGCCCCGUGGCCUCAGCUCUUUAGAAACGCGCCAAAACAAUCGACGCAUCUAUGACAAUUACGUGUGCAGACGCAUACCAGGCUUUGUGAUUGCAGGUAAACAGGCAGUGCUUGUGCUGAGCUGUGACAACGUGCACAUGACUGAGGAUGUGAUGGUCGAGCCGGGUCUGGUUAUGAUCUUUGCGCAUGGAAUCGAGUAAUCGAGUUUCUCAUGCGGCAGCUACAUUCAACUAAUUAGUAACUAAAUACUUAAUUGUAUAUCAAACAGUGCUCAGUUUUGUUGUUUUCUCGAAAUAAUGCAUAUACCUAAGCAUCAACACACUCACACACAGACACGCACACACCCACACAUUUGUCAUAUUAAUCAUUUUAGCAUUAAUAUUAACUCGAAUGCACUCUCAGAACUAAAAGCAAACAAAAUACAAACCAUUCAAGCGCCUCAUGACGACUUUCAAGUUGUAGUAAAGAAA